AUGGAAACGGGACCCAGCGAAGAACCUAGCGGCCGAAAGGAGUCUCAGGAAAUGUGCCCCCCGGGAUUACUGGUAUUUGCUGGCUCCUCGGAACAAGAUGCCAACUUGGCUAAGCAGUUCUGGAUCUCGGCGUCGAUGUAUCCCCCUAGCGAAUCUCAGCUGGUGCUGCGCAGAGACAGCAAUCAGCGUCAGCCGAUGGCGCGGCCCAGGAGGAGCAGAGGGUCUGAAAACAGUCACUCCUCGCAGUCUUUUCACCUUGCAAGUAACAAAAAUAGAGACAUCUUUGCCGAAGCCCUAAAGAUACAGGAAUCUGAGGAGAAAGUAAAGUAUCUCCAAAAGGCUAAAACAAGAGAAGAGAUUCUCCAACUCUUAAGAAAACAAAGAGAAGAAAGGAUCUCGAUGAGACCAAUAGUGAGGCAUUUGGAUAAUCUACCUGAAUGGAUGAAUUGUGGCAAAUUUGCAGAGAAAGAACUGAUUUCCCUUCCAUAUAAACCAAAAGCCAAAGAACACAAAGCAAAGAAAGUGGUAUCAGAGUCAGAUAAAGAGGACCAAGAAGAAGUCAAAGCUUUGGACUGAUUUGCUUGACACAUGGCAGAGGAUGACUCACUUAUAUCUUCACUUUGGAAACAACCUUCUCUUAGAUCAGGAUCAUUGAGAUCACUGGCAACAUUAUAGUAGACAAAGAAAUACAAGUUAAAUACGCAGAUUUCCAGGAAUUUUACCAGUUAGUGAGUACUUGUGUUAAAAUAAAGAAAUAAAGGUUAAAUAUGCAGACUUCUAUGAAUUCUACCAGCUAUUG